AUGUCGUCCCCCGUCCUAUCCGUUAACAACGAAGAUGCUAAUAGCGAGGACGGAUCCACGCUCCUGUCCCCUGCUCUUGCUUCCCCCGCUGCGCCGAUCUUCCGCUGCCGCUUCCGCACGCCGCUGUUCGGCUGCGUGGCGCUGGACGCGGUGCAGCGGGAGGUGCGCGGACGCCGCGAGCUUUCGGAGCGCGGAGCGCUGCAGGCGCAAGGGGAGCGGGGGCGGAAGCAGCAGGAGCGGAAGCAAAUGGCUGCGCAAAACAAGCGGAAACCUGCGCAGGAAGGGGGAAGGGGGGUGAUGAAAGACCAGCAGCGGGAAGGAGCGGAAGCAGCAGCGGAGAGGGCGGAGGCAGCGCGCGUCAGCCACGAUCUCGCCAUGUUUGUUGGAGGCCCCAUCUGGGCCGUUGAUUGGUGCCCUCUCCCUCGUUACAGUCACACCCAGUAUCUCGCUGUCGCCUGUCACCCGCAUCUGCGCCCAUUCUCCCCCCUCGGCGUCCCUCUAAGCGGACCUGCGCUGGUGCAGGUGUGGGCGCAACUUUCGCUGCUCCUCUCGCUUUGCCCCUCUCCUGCUUCCCGAUUCCCCACGGCCAGCUAUCACGUGCCUCUGCCUCAGCAAGACAACACCCGAUGGCAAAGCAGCGCACAGCAGCAGCAGAAUGAGCUGUCGCCAUCGCUGCUCCACCCAGCUCCGCACGGCCCUCUGCUCGCCCUACCGCCUAUCUUCCAGUGGAAGUCCAACCCAGCUCAUGGCCCCGCCAGGCUCCCCUGCGAGCUCGCAUGGAAGGUGGAUUCUGCGUCUCAUGCCUCAUCAACAUCUCCUGCCACACCGUGCUUCCCACAUCGCUCCGCCGACCUGCUUGCUGCCGGCUUCCAGGAUGGUUCCGUCCGUAAUGACCCUUCCCGCCACCUGGACGUGUUUCAGCCUGCGUACGAGACACCCACAAUUUCCAGGCACGGAGUGCUGCAACUGCACUUCUGCAUCCCCUUACGGGCCCUGGUUAUGGCCAUGGAGGAUGGAUCACUACGAGUCCUUGCCAUGCGCUCCUCGCUCUCCCACCACCCAGCGCUGCCCUUCCCCCUCAACCAGCAGCAGCAGCAGCAGCAGCAGCAGGGCAAGCAGGAGCACAAGGAGGAGAAGAAUCGGUACAACCGGCGGUGGGUUGUGUCGACGCUCUCCCUCAGCACAGCUGCAAUACCCCCCCUCUACUUCCUCCCUCUACUUCCUCCCUCUACUUCCUCCCUCUACUUCCUCCCUCUACUUCCUCCCACUACAUUCUCCAUCUGUUCUUCUUGGCAGCUGAGCAACAACUUCCUCAUUAACCGCCACCGCCGCAGCAAGCAAGCUGUGAUGACAGUGGGGGGAUUCAACCAGCUCCUGCUGCCGCCCACACAAUUUAGCACGGAAGCUGCUACAGCUGACACAUCAGCAGAUGAGUCAUUCGAGCAUCGGUUUGUCUUCUUCCGAGGUGGGUCCAGUGAAGAAAUGGAUGGGGAGGCAGGGCAGAAGGGGAAAGGGAAAUUGAAGAAGGGACAGAGGGAUGGAGGGGAGGAGGCGGAGGUGGAGGAAGAGGGUGGGCACACGGCAGAUUAUGGUGGGGGAGUGGUGUGCGGCAAUGCAUUGGGAUGCAAAGCGGUUGCAAUGCACAGAGUGGCGUGGAAUGCUAAUCGAGGGUUUCAGCAGUGGCUGGCAAGUGGGGGUGCUAAUGGGGUGCUCCGGUGUCAGCUGUUUCGCCUGCCAUCGGAUGGGUAA